CCUCCACCUUGCUGGCUGGCCGCCGUCUCUCUGCCCGCCCAGCUCCAGCCCUCGCCCCCGCCCCCGCCACCGCCCCCGCCUUGCCUCUCGGCGUUCUCCCUGGCCACCGCGCCGUCCACGCCGACUCGCCCCACGACGACCACCGCGCCGUCGCUCCCCCCCUCAUCUGUGUGUGUGUGUUCUUGUGCAGCCGGGCUGUUCCUGGGAGCCGUCACCGGCGGGCUGAUCGGCCUCGCCACGGAGAGCGGCCUCUUCCGUGGCACUGGAAUCGGCGCCAUCACCGGCGCGCUGGUGUCCAUCGAGGUCGUCGACUCCUCCAUCCGCCUCUGGCGCUCCCGCCGGUCCGGGAUCUGGAGCAUCUUGUACGUGCUUAAUGUGAUCUACAGCCUCCUCACCGGCAGGCUCGUCCGCGAGAAGGUCGAUCCAGCCGUGCACCGGGUGGUCUGGAGCCAGAUGAACGCAGUGGACUCAUCGCAGUUCAGGGAGGCCCCUGAUCUUUUCGACAUCGAGGGAACCAACGGCAUGCCGAGUGCGUGCAUCGACAAGCUGCCCGAGAUCAGGAUCACCGAGGAGUACAACCAGAAUGCCGUCGGUCACGUCUCUAGAUGCUCUGUUUGCCUGCAGCUUAAUGUGAUCUACAGCCUCCUCACCGGCAGGCUCGUCCACGAGAAGGUCGAUCCAGCCGUGCAGCGGGUGGUCUGGAGCCAGCAAAAGAGAAUAUGCAGCAUGCUCUUUCUGAAGAAGUUGAUUGUACAACUGAAGCCCAUUUACGGACUCACUGGCGAUUGAUCACUUAUGUUACAAAGGUCAGACUGUCAGAGUUGGCAUGGUGGCAGAACGUUUUCAUUAAACUGUAGGCAUUGCUAAAUGAUCAUAGGUUCAUCUCCAAUAUACAACUACUUGGUCGCUGUAUAAUUGCACUAAUCCCCUCUGUGUUCAGAGAAGCACAGGCGCGCCGCUUAUCUUCAGAAAGGUAGAGUGAUGGCUUAUGCAGCAUCUGUUCAGAUUAUGGGAAAAAGAAAUUUAGUGACCCAACUGUGUUGCUUUCUGACCAAUUAUGUUCAGCAAUCACAUACUGUAUGUGAUUCAACCAUAUCGAUGACGGCGCGGUGCGCAACCGCCUUCGGAGCCCAUGAUUCAGACCGUGUGUGCUGCCCGACUUUUGCAUCAAAAAGGUUCAGCAACACAUCUGGUUCAAGAGUAUCAUCAGUUUCGUAUAAUUUUCUUGAAAAAAUUCUGUUGCCAUUUCCGCAAUCUUCUUCUUUUCCUGAACCCAAUCCCCUCUGCAUCUUUUAGUUUGCCUAAUCUUAUUUUUCCUUUGUCGACAUGUUGCUUUUCGUUGAAAAUACAUAUGGUGAUUUGUUCCCCCUCUCUGAUAGUAGUGACUCGAGAGCGUUGACGCCAUAGCAUCUUCUCUUCUCCGUACAGAUAUUUCAUCCAACUCCUUUGAGCAUUUCUGGAUUAGCUCAUCUCGCAGGCGUCCGACAAAUCAUCCAGUCGCUGCCUUAGCUUCUGAACUUUGAACCAGACUUCUGCCUUAACCUCUGAACUCUGAACCAGGGGGGUUUUACCCUGAUUCUUCAGUUCAGUUUAGUUGGGACACCCAAUUCCUAGUUUUGCUAACAGGUGUGCUGCUAGAUUGACCGAAUAGCAGAGCUAGAGAAGCACAGGCGUGCUGCCUGCAUCUUGAAAUCUUCAAUAGGCACCGCAUACCUUGACAGGUCUGGUUCUUCGCGAUUCAUGGCCUGCUCCAGCAGCAUUGCAUCGGUCUCGACGACAACCCGGAUGGCGCCCGGCUGCACUGCUAAAUUGAAUGCUUGAAACAUAUAGCCUCUAGUUCAGUACACCUGUGCUUCUCUGAACUCUGCCUUAACCUCUGAACUCUGAACCAGGGGUUUUUUACCAUGAUCCUUCAGUUCAGUUUAGUUGAGACACCCAAUUCCUCUGUCCAUGAUCUGAAAUCUCUCCUUCAGUUAAGUUGAGACACCCAAUUCCUCUGCCCCUGAUCUGAAAUCUCUUCUUCAGUUAAGUUGAGACACCCAAUUCCUCUGCCCCCCGUAUGAAAUUUCUUCUUCAGUUAAGUUGAGACACCCAAUUCCUCUGUCCCUCAUCUGAAAUUUCUUCUUCAGUUAGACACAGAGAUUGAAUUUCUUUGCUUCCCUCCCGCAACCGCAACCGCAACCGCCUCCCUCCUCCUCCCCCCUUCAAAUACCCGCUCCGCCGGGCCGCCCAAACCCACGGCAACCAAACCAACCCGACCCGAUCAAGAAA